AUGGCAAGAGAAGGCGAAGUGUCAAGAGCAGGGCCGAGGGAGACGGAGCAGGAGAGACCGCUACAGCCGCAGCUGUGCAGGCAGCGGUGGAGGCGAUGCGAGCGAGGGAGAUCAAGAAGGAGCUCGAGAGCCUGGGCAUCAGCACGCGGGGAGUGCGUCAUCCUGCGCAUGCCCAUGCGUCGCCUCGCCACCACCGCCAGAGAGCCUCGGGAAUACGUCAUCCUGCCCCUAGAAGUCGCCGGGAAGGGCCCCUUUGAUUUCCUCCUAGACACCGGCAGCAGCACCACCCUCGUCUCCCCGGAUUUCUCUUAUGGCACUAUCGGGUUGUCUACUAACGAGGGCAGGAUGACCCAGGGUCUGGGAGGCAUGGGGCCGGAGGGGAAGCAGGGGCGGGAGCUGCUGCUGCCGGACGUGAGGCUCGGGGAGUUUAGGUUCGGGCCGAUGCAAGCGGUGGUGCUGGACCUGCAGUACACGGGCCUGCCUGGUUCGGUGGCAGGGAUCGUGGGGCUGUCGUUCCUGUCUGCCUUUGACAUGGACUUUGACUUCCCCAGCAGCUCUCUCACCAUCAUGCACUCAGGUGCAGCGCUGGCAGCAGCAGGCAAGUGGACGGCAGGAGGCACCAUCCCCCCUCCGCCCUCUGCUGCUGCUGCCACCUCUCAGGGGUUAGAUUUCGAGGGGCUGGCCAUGCUCUCCCCAGCCACUGUUCCGUUCAACCUGCCCGCCGUCCAGAUCUCGGUGAAUGGCAAGCACUUAGAGACAGCGAUUCUUGACAUGGGGUCUGGCCUCAGCCUUAUCACCAUCGCUGUGGCUUCUCGUGCUGGCAUCACCCCCUCUAGCAUUGGUGUAGCAUCAAUGGUGGAUGUGGGAGGUGGAACAACACAAAUGGGAGGAGCAGUAGCAGAUCUGUUCCUUAUAACGAAGCAAGGAGGGCCAACAGGGACAGGAGGCGGUCGUAUCCCCUUUACAAGCCACCCCAUGAUAGUGGGGGACCUGCCAGCCCUGGCGGUGAUGGGAGCGGGCGCAGUGGUGGGGAUGGAUGUGCUCAAGAGGACUCGCUGUGUGGUGUGCUUCAAGGAUAACAGGGUUCUGCUACAGAAGAAGUAUUAG